CAGUUUAGUAUAGCGAGAAUCGCUUGCACAUGCAAACGCUUUUUUGCAAAAUAUCGUACAUUUUCCCGUUCCUCAGUGGUUCUAUUUCGUAUUACAUUCAACUUAUUUCUUUAAACACACUUUAAAAUUCGUUUUUCAGUUCAGUUGUUUGUUUUGAAAUUCCUAUGUCUGCAGUCAUUUUGGUCUAAAUUGAAUUUUUGUCACCUAGCUUCGCAUACAUACAUUUUAUACACUUGACGAAACUAUACACACAAUCUGUGAUUGGCGUUGGCAUAGAGUGUGAGACUGAUACAGACAGACAGACCGACAGACAAAGACAGAGAUAGACAGAGAAAACGGGCCGAUCAGGAUGUCAGGCAUCGACACGGAGAAAUUCAUCGAAGACAUUUAUAACAAGCCAAUUAUAUGGAAUCGAAACUGUGGUUCCAACAAAUCGCUUACCGAAUCGACGUGGGAAAGCCUAUCGAAGAAAUUUGGCGCAUCGAUACCAACUUUGAAAGCGAAGUGGAAGGGUUUGAGAGACAUGUUUCGAGUUGAAAUUAAGCGCAUUCCGCGCAACGAAGCCGGUGAACAGCAAAUGCAACCACAUGAAUUUGAAUCAAAAUGGACACAUUAUCGAUCUCUCCUGUUCUUAGCCGAUCAUAUGCGUUCACGAAAUUCAAAAUCAUUGGAUGGCUCACAAAAACUCGAUGUAUACGAUUCAUAUUCAUAUGUUGCAGCUGAUUAUAAUGUAAUUGAACGUGGCGGUACAGAUGUGCAAGCGGUGAACUCCAUCAAACAGGAAGCAACAUUUGAUGUUACCAAAAAAUCACAACAACAACACCAACAAAAGCGAAAAAAUACCGAAUCACCAAUACCAGAAGAGAAUGUUGUUGCCAAUUUACUGCAAUCGCCAGAGGCGCAACAAAAUUCCAAAAAGCGAAUUCUCAAUUCAACGCCAAUGGAUUUGUUGACAGUGGGUGACGCAUCAGAAAUAGGUGACCGAAUUAUGAACGAUGAUUAUCAUUUUUUGUUAAGUUUACAGCCAUUUAUGUCUGAACUGCCUCCAAUCCAAAAAUUACGCUUAAGAAUGAAAAUACAAAAAUUAGUUUUCGAAGAAUUGUAUGCCAAUGAAAAUCUUUUAUAAUAUUUAGCAUUUAGUAGCAUCGAUUGGUGUAUGUGGAAAGAAACUUGCGAAUUGUAUAAGCAAAAGAUAGACAAUUUAAUAUACGAAACAAAGACAAACGAUAGCAGGUGAAACACCAACACCAAAUCGAAGUACGGCUACACAUUUACAACUGUUUCUGUCUGUAGAUAGACAUUUUUUUUUUCUGUAAAAAAAGUAUUCUCAUCGUUUUGCCUUUGUUUUAAUUAUACAUAAACGACACAUACAAAAAAAAACAUACUCAAACAAAAAAUCGCAUCGUUUCACAUAAUAAUGAUUCCCAAAAAAAAAAA